AUAUUUUCUAAGAUAAAAUGAUUAAAAUUCUACAUUAAUUUUAGCCAAAAAAAUAAUCUAGAUAUAAUGGAACCAAUCAAUCAAUGAUAUCACCUCGAUCAACAUUCACCCCGAUCUCUAACAUUCCUUCUUCUUCCGAAGAAAACACACAUUACCAUUCCGAUGAGGUAGGCAAACGCCCGAAAAAUUCACUUCACGCCUCACUAAAUGGCAACCUUGCACCAUCUUCUUCCUCUUUUUCCUUCCCGCCUACAAGCCUUGUGUGGACCCCAAUUCCUUUCAUAACUUGGUUCCUACCAUUCGUCGGGCACAUGGGUAUAACAUCCACGCGGGGAAUUAUAUACGAUUUUGCUUCUCCUUACCACGUAUCGGUUAAUGAUAUGGCUUUCGGUUCGCCCACUAAAUAUUAUCCCAUAACUCCAGACUCUAUCAUGCUUUCCUACCUCCCCAAGGGCGCCUUUGAGAAAAUUUCUUCUCAGCUCGAGAAGCAAGAUUUGAAUUAUAUCGCCGCCAAACUGUGGGACCAAUCAUUGUUGGAAUCCUCUAGAGAGUACAACAAUUAUCACGUUCACAACUUGUUUUACGAUAACUGUCAUUCCCAUGUAGCCCUGUGUUUGAAUACUUUUGCCAAGAAAAUUAGGCAGGGAGCUCUAACCUCUCCAACAAUUUCUGACAAAGAUAGCUCCAUUAAUACGUGUAAUAUUGCUAAUAACGAAGAUAUCAGCGGCAUACGUCCUUACUGGUCGGUGUCAAAACUCGCGACUCUGAUGUUUUUCAAAGGUAAGUUCAUAUCUAAACGAGCAUUUUUUGCGACCUGGAUGCCCUUCAUAAUUAUUUUUACCUUGAUUUGUUCAUUGAUUAUCGUAUACAAUUAUUUUACACUCUAAUUAUUCAUUUUAAAUUAUCCGAACCAUCGUUAUUUUAAAUAGUAAUUCUAAUUACUUCUAUUAUAUUUAAAAGACCGGAUUUCGCGCUUGAUUUUUUACGGUCUAUGCAAUACUAAUAUGUACUUCUAAGAUUAUAUUAUAAUUUUAAUUGUAAAUAUAAUCCACUCUAAUGAUAUUUUUUUGAACAAUU